AUGUCGCCUGCGACCUCCAACCACGUGCACAUUGAAUUGAAGGCUGAAGACCCGGAGUGCAAAGUAUGCGGUGGAUUGUCGAGGGAAAUCAAAUAUGGAGUGAACGCGUGUACUGCCUGCGCGUCGUUCUUCCAACGACGCAUCAAAAGGAAGGAGAAUUUAUUGUGCGCAAAAGAGUCAAAUUGUGUUAUUAACACAAAAACUAGAAGUGAUUGCCUAGCAUGCCGAUUGCAAAAAUGCUUUAAGAUGGGAAUGACUAAUGCUCCCGUAGUAAUCUCACCGGAAUUGAGUCUCAACUCAAGUUUGGAGAACCUUCUACGCUUGUUUUGCGCAGACAAAGGAAGGAAAAUGAAAUCACUUGGAGCGAAGAUUGAAAGACACAAAUCUGCUAUGCGAAGAGCCAUUUUGGAAGGGUUUCUCAAUCCCGAAUCGAGAAACGCUGUUAUAAAACACUUUUCUGAAAGGAUGACCACUUGCCAAAUGCUCUCUUUGAGAGUACAGGUUGUUCGCCUGUACGCCUUCGACAUAAACGUGUUUCAUAAAGAUGGGUGCAAAACAAUCACCCUUCCAAAGAAAAUCUUGAGAUGUCUGAAAAGCGACGAAAUUGAAAAUUUAAGAAAAAACAACAUCAUUCGGCGAGAUGAAGUUCAGACAGAACCAGAGCAAGCGGCGGAGGUUCCACAGCAAGAAGCACACUCGCGACGCACUCGCAGUACUCACAACGACGCAUUGUUCUAUUUAUUACUUUCGACGAUAAGGGAAUUUCACGAAGUGAUGAAAAAGAAGAAGAAGUAA